AAGGCAAGAAAAAGGAGAGAGGGAUGGAUACUAAUGAACAAGGAUUCCUAGAGGAAUUAUUAGCUCUAAGAAGAGACAAUUGGGACACAGUUCCAACAGAAAUGGACAACAUUUUCUCUAAUGGCUUCAACUUCGAUUGCUUUGAUGAUGCAGCUGCUGCUGCUGGUUUUCUUCCUGACUCCUCCUGCCAAGAAUUUACACAGCCAUUCGAGCAAGAUUUGAGUUUCAACUUCAACGGAGUCUACGACGGUCCAUUCGGUGAUCAAUUCUCGGCAGCACAACAAGUGACAGACACAUCGAACAGCACAUUCGAAACACCACCGUUUCCGGUUCAAGAAGAUUAUCACUGGUUGAACAUGGUGGAGGAAGCGGAAUCCGGCUUCCUCGUUGAAACACUUCACAUGUUGGAUGCCCAAGCAGCUGCUGCUUGCAAAGUUGAACCUAUUCAAUCACGUGAAGCGCUGGUUUUCAACAUGGGGACAUGCAGCACUACGGACCGCAACAAUCGAGUCAAGAAAUUAAAGGGUCAGCCUUCGAAGAAUCUAAUGGCGGAAAGACGGAGAAGGAAGCGGCUAAACGACCGCCUUUGGAUGUUAAGAUCAAUUGUCCCUAAGAUAAGCAAGAUGGAUAGGACAUCCAUACUUGGAGAUACCAUAGAUUACACCAAGGAGCUCCUCGAGAGGAUAAAAAGUUUGCAGCAGGAGAUCGCAGCAGGCUCAAAUGAGUUAAAUGUGGCUCACAUUUUCAAUGAAGUUAAACCAAAUGAAAUCUCAGUCAGAAAGACACCAAAGUUUGAGGUGGAAAGAAGCAGUGUGGGUACGAGGAUUGAGAUUUGUUUCACGGGGAAACAAGGAUUUCUGUUAUCGACUUUAACAACGUUGGAAGCAUUAGGCCUUGAGGUUGAACAGUGUGUUAUUAGUUGCUUCAACGAUUUUGCGAUGCAAGCAUCUUGCUCAGAGGACUUGAAACAUAGAGCAUCAAUAAGUUCUGAAGCCAUAAAGCAAACAUUGUUUAGAAAUGCUGGCUAUGCAGGAAGAUGUUCGUAGGAACAAAAUUAAAGGACCACGAGACGAGCAGCUUUUUGUUUUCAUUUU